AUGCCGUCUCUAUCACCAGCGCUCGCAUCUCUUGCGAGUGUCUUCCGAAUUCCCAUGUCUCUGGCACCGGUACGCCCCUCAGUCACCCGCGCCUGCCAAGAGACCCUGACUCGACGAGCAACACAACUGGGCCCGAUUACCGCUGCCGUGCAAUCCGCGCCCUUCUCAUCGACAAGCUCUCUGGCAAAGCGUAAGGGUGCACGCCCUGGAACAGACAAGCGAAUCACCCUUAUCCGCUACUUCCUCCACCACCCCCUCACCCCGCGUCCCCUCCGCUUCUCCCGUAACCGUUUCCUCCGUCACUGGACCAUCCACCGUACCUGGCAACUCUUCCAGUCGAAGCAGCGUCAAAACCACGAACUCGAGCUGCAGCGUCAGUACCAGAGCAUGCAGUCUGCAUGUGAGGAGCUGCGCACUGGUGCGAGUGAUGGUGGCAAGCUGUUCCGGAAAUCCAUGAACAAGAAGGGCAUCUUUAAUGAUAUGUUUCCCAUUGAGUACGGGCGUAUGCAGACCGAUUAUCCACCCGCGGAGGGGUGGAAUCACGAGUGGAAGAGACCGUCAAAGAAAUAG